UUUCGCUUCCGGUUGUGUGGUAUCGGUCACUUGAUUCUCUCAGCUCCGCGUUCAUCGACAGUUUUGCAAGUUUUAUUUAGUGAAACGGAUCGUUUGAACAUUAUUCUGCUGUGCAACCUUAUAAUCGUCCAACAUGGAUAAAACCGUCGUGUUAAACUCAAUGUUUGUCUUCCUAAUGGUCAGUUUCGCGUUCUUUAUUCCUGUGACGACGAUAUCAACAGCAGCAACAACAACAUCAACGACUGUAACUACAACCCAUCCCACUGUUCACAAACCGUGCAACACCCUGACUUCCUGUGAGACGUGCCUCGCCAAUGUUUCGUGUUUGUGGUGUCUCACCAACAACAUCUGCUCCGAAUAUCCCGUGUCAUAUGUGAUUCCUCCAUCAUCCGUGUGUAAACUCUCUCAGGGCUGGGGGGUUUGCUGGCUGAAUUUUGAAGCGUUGAUCAUCGCCAUUGCGGUGUUGUGUGGAGUGCUGCUGUUGGCCAUCGCUGUGUGCUGCUGCUGCUGCUGCUGUAAAUGCAACCGAUCAACCCGUGUUGAUCGUGAGGAUGAGCAGUUUACCAGGAGACGAGAGGAGAUCACACAGCGUGCUGAUGAACGGAGGGCUGAGAGGAAGACGAAACAUGAUGAGAUCCGCAAGAAGUAUGGUCUCAUUACAGACUCUGAUCAUCCGUACAGCAAGUUCGAGAACGAGUAAAUCUCAGAGGGACGUCCCGCAGAUGCUUUGCUGUUUUCAGACCCGUUUCUGGUCAGAUUACUUUAGGAUGGAGUGUAGCUAAAGCUGAGAUUACCUUGUUAUCCCGCUCAUUGGUUAGUUAUCUCUCUUUCUCUGCUCCGAUUUUAGAGCGGACCAUUAUUUUUCAUUCUUAGUCAAAACACAACAGCGUCAGAUUUUAAUGCUUUAGAUGAGAAUAGCAGAAAAUAUAAAGUCAGAUUGUGAUGAUAAUUUUCCAGAGCAAAUGCACCUUAAAGGAACAGUUCACCCAAAAAAUGUAAUAUUCUCUUUAUUAUUUUUAUUUAUAUAUUUUUUUUUUACCAUCGUGUCGUUCCAAACUCGCAUGCAAAUUUUGUUUUUCUUUCAUUUUUUCGUGUCGUUCCGAACUUGUUUUUUUACCCUCGUGUCGUUCCAAACUUUUUUUUUACCCUCGUGUCGUUCCAAACUUUUUUUUUUUUUACCCUCGUGUCGUUCCAAACUACUACUACUUCUUUUUUUACCCUCGUGUCGUUCCAAACUUCUUUUUUUUUACCCUCGUGUCGUUCCAAACUUUUUUUUUUUACCCUCGUGUCGUUCCAAGCUUCUUUUUUUUACCCUCGUGUCGUUCCAAACUUCUUUUUUUUUUUUACCCUCGUGUCGUUCCAAACUUCUUUUUUUUUACCCUCGUGUCGUUCCAAACUUCUUCUUUUUUUUUUUUACCCUCGUGUCGUUCCAAUUUUUUUUUUACCCUCGUGUCGUUCCAACUUUUUUUUACCCUCGUGUCGUUCCAAACUUUUUUUUACCCUCGUGUCGUUCCAAACUUUUUUUUUUACCCUCGUGUCGUUCCAAACUACUACUACUUCUUUUUUUACCCUCGUGUCGUUCCAAACUUCUUUUUUUUUUACCCUCGUGUCGUUCCAAACUUUUUUUUUUACCCUCGUGUCGUUCCAAGCUUCUUUUUUUUUUACCCUCGUGUCGUUCCAAACUUCUUUUUUUUUUUUUACCCUCGUGUCGUUCCAAACUUUUUUUUUUUUUUUACCCUCGUGUCGUUCCAAACUUCUUCUUUUUUUUACCCUCGUGUCGUUCCAAACUUCUUUUUUUUUUUUUUACCCUCGUGUCGUUCCAAAAAUUUUUUUACCCUCGUGUCGUUCCAAACUUUUUUUUUACCCUCGUGUCGUUCCAAACUCACUUUUUUUUUUGCAGUGAUAAAAGUUGCUAUUUUCCAUA